GGUAGCACUGGCCGCCUCGCGCGGGGUUGGGUGCCGUCGUUGCCGCGCGCGCCCCCAAGAUGGCGUGUGUGCUGGAGACGCCGCUCCGCAUGAGCGUCCUCUCGGAAGUAACUGCUAGCAGUCGCCAUUAUGUUGACAGAUUAUUUGAUCCUGAUCCCCAGAAAGUCCUGCAAGGUGUCAUAGAUAUGAAAAAUGCUGUAAUUGGAAACAACAAACAAAAAGCGAACUUGAUUGUUUUGGGAGCAGUUCCAAGGUUGCUGUAUUUGCUUCAGCAAGAAACCUCCAGCACGGAACUGAGAACUGAAUGUGCGGUAGUGCUAGGAAGCCUUGCGAUGGGUACAGAAAACAAUGUCAAAUCUCUACUAGACUGCCAUAUUAUCCCAGCCUUAUUGCAAGGAUUGCUGUCACCAGAACUGAAGUUUAUUGAAGCUUGCCUCCGAUGUCUUCGUACCAUUUUCACCAGCCCAGUAACUCCAGAGGAACUAUUGUAUACAGAUGCUACAGUUAUCCCCCACCUAAUGGCACUGCUUAGUAGGUCUCGAUAUACACAAGAAUACAUAUGUCAGAUCUUCUCACAUUGCUGCAAACUUCGACACUGGCAUAGCUGCGGCUUUAAAUCAUCGCCUCAGCCACUUCUAUGUGCCAAUGGUCCAGAUCAUCAGACAAUCUUGUUUAACCAUGGAGCAGUUCAGAAUAUUGCUCACCUAUUAAGUUCCACGUCCUACAAAGUUCGAAUGCAAGCAUUGAAAUGCUUCUCAGUUCUAGCCUUUGAAAACCCCCAGGUAUCAAUGACUCUUGUAAAUGUUUUGGUUGAUGGAGAAUUAUUACCACAGAUUUUUGUGAAGAUGUUACAAAGGGACAAGCCUAUUGAAAUGCAGCUCACAUCAGCCAAAUGCCUUACUUACAUGUGCAGAGCAGGAGCAAUCCAGACAGAUGAUAUCUGCAUUGUUUUAAAGACACUGCCAAGUUUGGUUCGGAUGUGUAGUAAGGAAAGAUUGUUGGAGGAACGAGUAGAAGGAGCCGAAACACUUGCCUAUCUAAUUGAAACAGAUGUUGAGCUCCAGAGAAUCGCCAGUAUUACAGACCAUCUUAUUGCAAUGCUUUCUGACUACUUCAAGUAUCCCAGCUCAGUCAGUGCAAUCACCGAUAUCAAAAGGCUUGACCAUGAUUUAAAGCAUGCUCACGAACUGCGCCAGGCUGCGUUCAAGCUGUAUGCUUCACUUGGAGCAAAUGAUGAAGACAUCCGAAAGAAGAUCAUUGAGACUGAAAAUAUGAUGGACCGAAUUGUGAAUGGCUUGUCUGAGUCUAGUAUCAAGGUGCGGCUAUCUGCAGUCAGAUGUUUGCACAGUUUGUCCCGGUCUGUGCAGCAGCUACGGACAAGUUUCCAGGAUCAUGCCGUAUGGAAACCCUUAAUGAAGGUUUUACAGAAUGCUCCAGAUGAAGUCCUGGUGGUAGCAUCUUCCACGCUAUGCAACCUUCUCCUUGAAUUCUCCCCAAGCAAAGAGCCUAUUUUAGAAUCAGGAGCCAUAGAACUUCUAUGUAGUUUAACCCAGAGUGAAAAUCUUGCUUUGCGAGUGAAUGGCAUUUGGGCUUUAAUGAACAUGGCAUUUCAAGCAGAACAAAAGAUCAAAGCAGACAUCUUACAAGGUUUGAGUACAGAACAAUUAUUCCAGUUACUCUCUGAUUCAGAUGUAAACGUGCUAAUGAAAACUUUGGGACUGCUCAGAAAUCUUCUGUCUACUCGCCCACAUAUAGACCAGAUAAUGAGCACCCAUGGAAAGCAAAUCAUGCAAGCAGUGACUCUUAUUUUGGAAGGGGAGCACAAUAUCGAGGUCAAGGAGCAGACAUUAUGUAUACUUGCCAACAUAGCAGAUGGAACAACAGCAAAAGAACUCAUUAUGACCAAUGAUGACAUCUUGCAGAAAAUUAAGUAUUACAUGAGUCAUUCGAAUACUAAACUUCAGCUUGCUGCCAUGUUUUGCAUAUCUAAUCUCAUAUGGAAUGAAGAAGAAGGUUCACAAGAACGCCAAGAUAAACUACGAGAUAUCGGAAUAGUAGAUAUUCUACACAAACUGAGUCAGUCAUCAGAUCCAAAUCUUUGUGACAAGGCGAAGACAGCACUCCAGCAGUAUCUUGCAUGAUCAAAGACUAAGUGAAUCUUUGGACACCCCUCGUGUGUUUAAGGACUAAAAGGAAAUAGCCUCAACUGAUUCCUUAUAUUUGCACAAGUCACCUUGGGCUGCAUUUCUCUCAGGUGCAGGGAGCUGCUUUGCAGAAACAGUUUAGGUGAUCAGGUCUCCAAUGCACUUGAACUUUUUUGAGGUA